AUGCAGCGAGAGGCGACUACGAGCGGAGAUACACCUCCCGAUGAACAGUCUAGAAAGAGGAAGAUAGACCGAGCCUGCGACUUCUGUAGGAAGAGGAAGAGUCGUUGUGACGGGGACAAGAUAUCUCGGAGGCCCUGCUCGAACUGUACACUCAAUAAUGCGAGUUGUACUUACCAGGAUACGAUCAAGCGGCAAGUCUUCAGCAAAGCCUACGUCGAAACUCUGGAACGGCGAAUAGAAACUCUGGAGCGCCGAAAUAAAGAGCUCGAGGACCUAUUGGGCGUUCAUCAGAUUGCGGCAACAGGGAACGGCGAAGUGGACGACCGACCCAGCUCAUCCACGACCAAUGCGACCAUCCAGCACACAAUCAAGUCAAUCGUCUCACAAGAACAACUGCGUAACAUGGCUUGCGCUAUGCUUCGCUUGGGCACCCAGGGCCACGAACCCGACUACGGAGUAACUGAGGGCACAGAGCAAGACGCUCUGGAAUAUAAUCCUCAGGACGACGAGCUGUCCACGCGCAUGCAGAAUGUUCAUAUCACGCGCUCAGUAUUCGACAGGUUUCUGGGCAAUAAAUUCCUCGGGAAAAGUAGCUCCGCAAAUCUCCUAUUGAAACUCAUCAGUCUCAAGAGGAUCGCCAAUGAGCCCUAUAGGAUCCCGACGACCUUUCUCGAGGGCCGUCGCGCAGAGUACUGGACUGCGAGACCCUGGGAACUCGCUCUCUUCUCUACGGAUCCUGCGCACUACACAUUUCCAGAUGACGACCUCAUGAACUCGCUUAUUGAUCUCUAUUUCGACAACGGACUGCGAGACUUGCAGCACCAUAGCGACCACCACUUUGGGUCCGUCGCGUUACUGUACUCGGACGAUCCGCGUGUUCUCUCGGAAGAAUAUGGCCGGGACAAACUUUCGAGGGGAUGGAAAUGGUUCUCCCAGGUGGAAAAGGCGCGUAAAACUGUCUUCGGUGGCCCAAACUUACUCGAGAUCCAAUCCUACUGCCAUAUAUGGACGCGGAUUGGUGUCGCCAUACGUUACAUCCAGGACGUCGGUGCGCAUCGGCGAAUGAGACAGCGUAAUCCGACUAUCACGGACGAGCUGUGGAUCCGUGCGGCUUGUCUUGCUAUCCGCUACCCAAUGGAUGUCGACGACGAAUACUGGCAUGACGCCAGCAAUCCGGAGCGCUCCUGGAGGCAGCCCAAAGGGAAGCCUUCGAAUGUGUCCUGCUUCAUCGCACAGAUGAAGCUCUCGCGGAUAGUAGAGAUGGCCGUGAGGACGCUUUACGGGACUAACAAGUAUGGGUCGCUUGCAGAGGCCUGGGGCGAGCAAGGCUGGGAUCGUGACAUCGUGCAGGAACUCGACUCUGCGCUCAACAAAUGGUUGGACGACAUCCCGGAGUUCUUGCGCUGGAAUCCGGAAGAGCCUGACCAUCGGGUCCUGAAGCAAGCGGCAUAUCUGCACUGCUCGUAUCGGCAGACCCAAAUCCUGAUCCAUCGCCCGUUCAUCACCGCUGCCAAGAAGUCGCCCCAACCUUCCCUGCCUUCCCUGACAAUCUGCACAACGGCGGCGAAAGCGUGCGCGCACGUCUUGGACAGACAGAGGCAGGUCACCGGCUCAGGGUCGUUCUAUAUAUCGUUCGCAGCAGCCAUAUCGGCCAUCGUGCUGCUCGUGGGCAUGUGGACCCGCGCGAAGCCACGGGCGAGCCGGGAGCAGCUCAGGGAGCUGAGCGACAUCCAACUUAUAUUGGACUACAUGAAGAGUAUGGAAGAUCGCUCAGCGACGGCCGGGCGGACGUGGGAUGUGCUCAACGAGCUUCGCUCGAUCGGAGAGACGCCGGAUUCGCUAUUGGGCAAGCGUCCGCGCGAUGGAGUGGAUGGAAUCUCGCUGGAAGACCCGUGGCCCUUGCCGGCGUCAAGGCAAGAAAGCUCGGGGCUCGCUCACACGAGCGCGUCGGAUCCUCCGCCAAUCUCGUCGAUGGGAGGGACGGACGAAGCUCCCUCGACGCUAGCAAACGACGUGAAUGCCAGCGGCAUGUCUUCGUGGUUUUCGGCCACUGCGAGCGGACCCGGGGGUAGCGCGAAUGACGCGACCUUUGACCCGCUUGCUUCGUGGUCAUUCGAAAGCACUGGACCGUUGUCUGACCAGGACGUCGCUCCCUUAUAUGGCAUGCCUACCGACGGUGCACCGCACGGGUUGGACCAGGACAGUAUGGCAAUCUGGUCGUCCUUGCCGCCUGCCUUCGAUCCGAACGAUUGGUUGACGUACCUCGCGGGGCUAGAAGAGGCGGCAAAUGAACCAUUUAUGGGCGGGCCAACUCCAUACGCAGACCCGGACGUGCCGCAGGGUAGUCAGUCGGGAUACUCGAUAUAACAUUCGCAACGUCCCACGCGAGCCAGUGCUGUUGACACACGCAGACUACCUCACCUCGCUAAUCUCACUUUACCGCACCUCAUCGCGAUAUGCCCACCUAGAGACCUGUUCCGAGUCAUGACGAUACUAUCGUGUACACUAGCUAGAAAUCAAUGAUAUAUCACUUCGUGCGAG